AUGCUUUUCCGCUUCGUCCCACACACAAUUGAAAACAAGGCUCUAAUGUCUUCAUUGCCAUCUACUCACGCUUUGACCGACGAAGAAACAACUCCAAGUGUUUGUAACAACAAUGACUAUCAUGUUAAUGAUGAUGAAGAACAAAUGGUACCUGCAUUAAUAACAUGUUCACAACAAUCACAUGAAGAUGGAAAAAACAAAUCUUCUCUCGAAACUCAGCAAGAGUUGAAUGUCCACUCAAACACACCAGUAUUCUCACGAUUUAAAAUUUCCAAACCAAAAAAGUUAAAAACCAUCACUCAAUAUACAGUUUACAAUGGAAAGGUGUGUCCUCUUCACAAGUAUGAUCUUAGGGAGAAGAACAAGACAACAUCGAUCGAAUUGAGAAAUGAAGAGAAUCCCGUGUCCAGAAGUGAACCUCAUUCCUCCUCCUCCCAUACACUCAAUGACAUUCGACAUGCAUCAAUGAUUCGAAAGGAUAGAAAACCACAUUGCGACCCAUCGAUACCAGAAGAAAAAAGGACAGAAUUAUUAUUACCAAAAGUAUUCCCAUCCACUUCGUCCAUGAAAGCAUUUCUCUUAGGUUACAUUUGA